GAGAGAGAGCGAUAACGAAAGAGAGGGGGGCAAGAGAGGGGGAGAGCGAGCGAGAGAGGGGGAGAGAGAGAGAGAGAGAGUGUGUGUGCUGUUGGUCUAUGCUGUUUUGAGGGGUCAACACUCACCAACUCAACACUCACAGCUGCAAAUUAUUGUUGUUCAAUGCUGCCCAGAGGGCACUGCCUCCCCUUUUGUGCGAUCAAGCGCGAAACAAGCACGCACAAGUAAGUCAACUGAUGAUGAGUAGUAGUCUAACCGUCCAGCAACAGGUAGGGGACAUUUCUUCCGUAAUUUAACAUGGGUCGGAUACUUGCUCUACCAAUGUAAGCUAUUAUAAUAGGAUUUCGGGAAAGCGGCGGUCAGCGAGACAAAUCCGACAAGACAGCGGCUUUAGUACGUUUUUUUUUUUUUUUUUUCGCUCACCGUAUGCAGGCUCUGUUUUGUCCCACUUCAUUUAUCAACCAAGUCCGCAUUAGACGGAGACUAAAGCGUGUGUCCGUCCCAUUGAUGAGAAAGCAAACCAGGCUACAAACAGCAUGUCAUCUCCAGACAAGACAACCCAGAGGAAUGAAGUCCUGAAUAACAUACGGAGGUCCUCGAUGGUGGUGGGACAUGGGAGAAAACAGACGGAGUUUGAGAUGUCACAAGCCGCGUCAGCCUCUCAACCUGGGGCGCUUAUUUCUAACAACAGGUUUCUGUGUGACCCCGAGGGCAUCACCAUUCACACAACUGUCACUCGACCGUCUGUGUCUCACCUACCCGGGCUCAAUCUGAACCCCCGGAUGUCCGUAUACAGCACAACUCGUCCAGUUAUCGUCAGCCGUGCUUACAUUCAAGGACGCGCUUAUAACUUUCUGGAAAGACCAUCUGGGUGGAAAUGCUUCGUGUAUCACUUCUCGGUGUUCCUCAUCGUGCUCGCCUGUCUUAUCCUCAGUGUGCUCUCUACUAUAGGGCAGUAUCAGGCUCUGGCACAUGGCACUCUCUUCUGGGUGGAGAUAGCGCUGGUGGUGUUAUUCGGUGUGGAGUAUGGUGUGCGGCUGUGGUCAGCAGGAUGCCGUAGUAAAUAUGUUGGCGUCUGGGGCCGGCUGCGCUUUGCCAGGAAGCCUAUCUCCAUCAUCGAUUUGAUUGUAGUGGUGGCCUCCAUCAUCGUGCUGGUAGUAGGCUCCAAUGGACAGGUGUUUGCCACGUCUGCUGUCAGAGGGAUUCGCUUCCUGCAGAUCCUGCGUAUGCUCCAUGUGGACCGGCAGGGAGGGACGUGGCGUCUGCUGGGCUCUGUGGUCUUCAUCCACAGGCAGGAGCUCAUCACCACGCUGUACAUUGGUUUCCUGGGGCUCAUCUUCUCCUCCUACUUUGUUUACCUGGCAGAGAAGGAUGCUGUGGACAGCAAUGGAGCCAAUGAGUUUGAGAGCUACGCUGACGCCUUGUGGUGGGGGGUGGUGACCGUCACAACUAUAGGCUAUGGAGACAAGGUGCCUCAGACGUGGAUCGGUAAAACCAUUGCAUCAUGUUUCUCAGUCUUUGCCAUCUCCUUCUUCGCCCUACCAGCUGGGAUCCUGGGUUCAGGCUUUGCCCUGAAGGUUCAACAGAAACAGAGGCAGAAGCACUUCAACAGACAGAUCCCUGCAGCUGCCAUUCUCAUCCAGACUUCGUGGAGGGUCUUUGCUGUGGAGAACCCUGACUCGGCCACCUUCAAGAUGUUUGUGAGGAGGAGACCUGCUCUGCCCAGCUCCUCUGUAUCCAGUCCCAAGCCCAAGAAAACGGUGAAGCUGAGGAGGAAGUUGAAGAGCAGUGAGAAGGACGACGGGCCUGGUUCUCCCACUGUUCCCAGUAUCUCCUACGACUCUGUGUUCAAUAGUGGGAGGGAGCUCAGCUCUGACGUCUACAGCACUGUGUGUACAGCUGAAGCCCUAGGAUGUGAUACCCAGCAGUCCUGGACCUCUCUUUCCUCCCUUACAUUCAGCUCGCCACUCCCAGUGAAAAAGACCCCUGGUUUGUUGGAGGUGCAGCCCCCUCGUCCCCUCCAGAGGAACAGCAGCUUUGGGGACGAUCUGGACCAGGAGGACCAGUGUGUUCUGACCCCAGUCACCCACGUGUCACAGCUGCAGGAGACUCACAGAGCAGCUAUCCACGUGAUCCUACGGAUGCGCUACUUUGUCGCCAAGAAGAGAUUCCAGCAAGCACGUAAGCCCUAUGACGUGCGAGACGUGAUCGAGCAGUAUUCCCAAGGACACCUGAAUCUCAUGGUGCGCAUCAAGGAGCUACAGAGGAGACUGGACCAGUCUCUAGGGAAGCUAACCCUCUUCCAGACUAGCUCAGACAAAGCCAAAGACAAAGGCACCAACACCAUCGGCUCCAGACUCAACAGGAUGGAGGACAAGAUACAACGCAUGGACCAGACACUCAACCAAAUCGCAGAGUCCCUUACCCAGCUGUUGUCUGGGACAAUCCAGGGGCAGGGGGACAUGGGGGGAGCACAGGGGCAAGGUAGGAGGAGGUCACAGGGUAGGGCAGUUGUCCCCAGCCAGGAUAGCCUACCCAGCUACGAGCAGCUCUCCACCGCAACCCUCCAUCCAUCCCUGCACCCCAGCCUCAGCCAGGACAAGAGCUCCUGAAUCGACUAUCCAUCCACCCCUCAACCCCAGCCUCAGCCAGGACAAGAGCUCCUGAAUCGACCAUCCAUCCACCCCUCAACCCCAGCCUCAGCCAGGACAAGAGCUCCUGAAUCGACCCUCCAUCCACCCCUCAACCCCAGCCUCAGCCAGGACAAGAGCUCCUGAAUCGACCCUCCAUCCACCCCUCAACCCCAGCCUCAGCCAGGACAAGAGCUCCUGAAUCGUCCCUCCAUCCACCCCUCAACCCCAGUCUCAGCCAGGACAAGAGCUCCUGAAUCGACCAUCCAUCCACCCCUAAACCCCAGCCUCAGCCAGGACAAGAGCUCCUGAAUUGACCAUCCAUCCACCCCUAAACCCCAGCCUCAGCCAGGACAAGAGCUCCUGAAUCGACCAUCCAUCCACCCCUCAACCCCAGCCUCAGCCAGGACAAGAGCUCCUGAAUCGACCCUCCAUCCACCCCUCAACCCCAGCCUCAGCCAGGACAAGAGCUCCUGAAUCGACCAUCCAUCCACCCCUCAACCCCAGCCUCAGCCAGGACAAGAGCUCCUGAAUCGACCCUCCAUCCACCCCUCAACCCCAGUCUCAGCCAGGACAAGAGCUCCUGAAUCGACCAUCCAUCCACCCCUCAACCCCAGCCUCAGCCAGGACAAGAGCUCCUGAAUCGACUAUCCAUCCACCCCUCAACCCCAGCCUCAGCCAGGACAAGAGCUCCUGAAUCGACCCUCCAUCCACCCCUCAACCCCAGUCUCAGCCAGGACAAGAGCUCCUGAAUCGACCAUCCAUCCACCCCUCAACCCCAGUCUCAGCCAGGACAAGAGCUCCUGAAUCGUCCCUCCAUCCACCCCUCAACCCCAGUCUCAGCCAGGACAAGAGCUCCUGAAUCGUCCCUCCAUCCACCCCUCAACCCCAGUCUCAGCCAGGACAAGAGCUCCUGAAUCGACCAUCCAUCCACCCCCAAACCCCAGCCUCAGCCAGGACAAGAGCUCCUGAAUCGACCAUCCAUCCACCCCUAAACCCCAGCCUCAGCCAGGACAAGAGCUCCUGAAUCGACCAUCCAUCCACCCCUCAACCCCAGCCUCAGCCAGGACAAGAGCUCCUGAAUCGACCCUCCAUCCACCCCUCAACCCCAGUCUCAGCCAGGACAAGAGCUCCUGAAUCGACCCUCCAUCCACCCCUCAACCCCAGUCUCAGCCAGGACAAGAGCUCCUGAAUCGACCCUCCAUCCACCCCUCAACCCCAGUCUCAGCCAGGACAAGAGCUCCGGAAUCGACCCUCCAUCCACCCCUCAACCCCAGUCUCAGCCAGGACAAGAGCUCCUGAAUCGACCAUCCAUCCACCCCUCAACCCCAGUCUCAGCCAGGACAAGAGCUCCUGAAUCGACCCUCCAUCCACCCCUCAACCCCAGUCUCAGCCAGGACAAGAGCUCCUGAAUCGACCCUCCAUCCACCCCUCAACCCCAGUCUCAGCCAGGACAAGAGCUCCUGAAUCGACCCUCCAUCCACCCCUCAACCCCAGUCUCAGCCAGGACAAGAGCUCCUGAAUCGACCAUCCAUCCACCCCGCAACCCCAGUCUCAGCCAGGACAAGAGCUCCUGAAGCCGAGAAACACCAAAACCACUUUGGCGCUUUCUCUCCGUCUUGUUCUGAGAUCAGUGUUCUUCAUGAUAAUGAACCAGCUGUAUAGUGCUAGGGCAAAAACUAAACGUGUACUCAGUGGGGGCCCCAGGACCGAGUUUGGGAAACCCUGCCCUAGAAAAGAACCGUAUAGACAGGAGAUUUAGCAACUCUUGGAGGACAAUCGAAUUAAAUCCAAAAAUAUAUAUAUAUUAUUAAAAGUGGAACCAACACGUUUCAGCUUUUGGCCUUCUACUUUAAACAAAGAUCAUUUUAUUUAAUUUCAAUGUCCUCCCAAGAGUUGCUAUAUCUCCUAUCUGCUUCAGUUUGCUCCUCAAUUCAUGCACCUUGGUUGGAGAGCGAGGUAGCGGCAGUGCUCCCUUCCCUAGAACAGAACAGUGCCUUAGCCUACAGGACAAGCCAGCUAGAUACACAGACAGGACAUAUUUUUCAUAGAUCCUGGAUAUGAUUAUGUUUCUGAAUUCUCAUUUACUGCAAUUGUCAAUGUUCCGGGGGAACUUUUCUUGGAAAUGUGAGCAAGCGCCAUAUUCAAACUCUUUCCCCUCAAUCAAAAGGAAAUAAGAUUAAAGUGCAUAUAUAACAUUAUUCCAGCUGUGUAAGAGUAUUGGAAUGUUACAAUAUCAAAAAGUAAAGGUAGUAUUCUAUUUGAUUGAAAUAUGUUGAUAUGCAAAGCAAACACUUCAGUAUAAAGGUAGCUAUGUUUUGAUGGUGAAUAUGGAAUGAUGUCCAUACCAAAAGUAAUCAGUUAUAAUAACACAAUAUGUUUUCAAAAGUUCUCCAUGUAUGUACCGUCAAAACAUAAACUAAAGUGUUGGGGCCGGGGUGAGGGCUUUUAUGUAGAUUUUCAAUGCAAUCAAAUUGUGUAGCUAUCAUGUUUUAUAAAGAUUUUGCAUUGACAAUAAAUGAAUGUGGCAAAUAUCCA